AUGACUUCUUUAAAUCAUGAGAAAAAUCAAUCACAUGACUUUUGUUUAUCGGAGUGUCUCAGUCAAAAUCUAGAACUAAAAGUUGUUAAAAAUCUUUUGAGUACAAGUUACAAUAUAUUUCAACGAAAGCAGAAAGUAUUAAAAGAAGAACGUGCGAAAUUGGACAAUAUAAAUUAUUCUGUUUGGGCCACAGAAGAUAAAUUUUGUAACGAAGUGUGGAACUUUUCUUUGGAACAUAAUUUUAACGUUUUUUUCAAUCAGUUUUCUGAUAUUAAUGAAGUAAUUAAAUUUCAUAAUUGCAAGUACAGUACUGCUGCAUAUGAUAAUAAAGAAAACAUUGAUAAAUACAAAGAAAGUAGAGUUAUGGAAUUAAAAAAUGAAAUUAAUAGUCUUAAUAAUGAGAUAACAGUUAUUCAUAAUAAAAAUAUUGAAGAAGAUAUAAAAAAUGCUACAUAUGUCUUAAAUAAUUUAAAAUCAUUUUCAGAAGAGAUAAUAGAUCUCAUAAGAUUGAUAAGUACAUCAGAAAAUUCUCAGAAUAUUUGUAAUAUAUCCACAUAUCAGGAGUCAAAUGCAAACAAGGGGUUUAUGAGUGCUAAAAAAUUAUUUAAAAAACACCCUGCUAUAUUAGUUGAAAAGAAAGUAACAACAACUUCAAAUAUAAUAAUUAAUAAUUCUAAAAAGGUUCAGAGUAUAUUUUAUAAUACUUGUGAUAAUGUGAAAAACAAUAUAGGAUUAGGUAAGUUUGUAAUGAAAAGACAAAGCCUUAUUUCUUUAAAGCUUGAACGAAUGUCAAAGAAUUAA